AUGCAGGGCCGGGGGCGGGGUGGUAAGGACUCGGGGCGGAGGGCUCGGGCUGGCCCUGAGGCGCUGGCCUGGUCCCAGGGGCUGCUGCUGUGGCUGCUGCUGAGCGCGGCCGGGGUGCGGGCACCCGGGGGGCCACUGCGGCCGCUGUGCCGGCCCAUCAACGCCACCCUGGCCGCUGAGAACGAGGCCUGCCCUGUCUGCAUCACCUUCACCACCAGCAUCUGUGCCGGCUACUGCCCCAGCAUGGUUCGGGUGCUGCCGGCUGCCCUGCCGCCUGUGCCCCAGCCAGUGUGCACCUACCGCGAGCUGCGCUUUGCCUCCAUCCGGCUCCCCGGCUGCCCGCCUGGUGUGGACCCAAUGGUCUCCUUCCCGGUGGCCCUCAGCUGUCACUGCGGGCCCUGCCGCCUCAGCAGCUCUGACUGUGGGGGUCCCAGAGCCCAGCCCUUGGCCUGUGACCGCUCCCCUCGCCCAGGCCUCCUCUUCCUCUAAGGAUCCCCACCUCAACCUCCCAUGCCCACCCCAACCUCCC